AGAUUUAGACGCCAGAUAGCGUCAUUGUUUGCUUUUGAAAUUGAAAUAAAAUUUAUUGUAGAUGGGAAUUGUAGAUUAUUGCAUUACAAACAAUUAAAUGACAACUUAUUUGUUUUAUCAGUCUCUCGCUUACCCAGAAAUCCCAAUGCAAAUAUUCGACCAAAUCACAGACAUAAACCGCCCCCAUUUCUACGCUAUAAGAAGCUACGUGCUCCCAAUUGCAAAAGUAGUUAACAAUGUCAAUAGCCGUCUAUCUGGUGUUGCUCUUGGCGCUAACUUUAAUAGAUGGAUAUAGCCUGUAUGCCAACAGCACCAACAGCAGACUGCUGACUGUGCUGAAUACAUCAGUUUCUACGCUGGAUGUGGUGCUGCACAUCGAUGUGGUGGAAGGCAACAGAACACCACGGACUACUACUGAGGUUAAACCACUUACCUUGAAGGACAUUAUUCGCGCUGAAAUCAAUGGGGAUUGGGAGCGCGGACGUUUUGUCUUACAGCUGGCAAGUCAGUCACAUACGUUGGAACUAAAGCAAGCCAUUUACGAAGCCCUGUGGCAAGAACUGCAGCAGAUGGGGCAAAUCUAUGAUCCUGUAAAGGUACUGGAUUUCUAUGACCAGCUUACACAACAGUCACAGGUGCCGUCAGCGCUACUGGUGCAGGUAUAUGAUGAGUUUAUUGGGCGCAGCGCUCAUUUGCUCGCGGCUCCCUUUCACACAGAUAGUCGCAGUGCGAGAUUUCCAAAAGUCGCCGCACUGCUUGAACGACUCACACUAAGCACCCUAGACUACUUAAGCGAUAUAUUGGAAGCACUUUUUAGUCCGGUAUUGGCGCUGGAGUCGGCUCUCAGUGUGGUGCAACGUCUAGGCAACUUUAGUGGCAGCGUCACUCAAUUGACCUUAGCAAAUCUUCAGCUGCUGCAGCGGACGGAGCUGAAAUUGAAUGUAGAUGGAAAAGCUGCAGUCCAGGAUAACCUGCGUCAAUUACUGGAGCAGCCCAGUUUCGAUCAGGAAGUCGAUCGCAGCUUGCGUGAAAAGGUGUACGAGCAAUUGCCUCCAGAUGAGAAAAUCCUCUUUACUGCACAGAAGAUUUGUCUGCACAAUAUGACAAACCACAAUUCCUACAUCUACGAGUGCCCACAAACCUAUUUGAUCUGCACCAACGAACGCGACCCGAAGAAGGCAUCCUACUAUGUACAACGAGGAAACGGUGGCGCGAAUAAUACACUAAGAUUUGCCUUCUACAGUUCCUAUUGGCGCAAUCGUUACAUCCUAAUGGAGCCAAGCAACCACUCUACUGGAAACUACGUAACGAAGAACAUUUACAGUCGCGAUUCGAUCUUUUGGUGGCAAGUGGUGCAGCUUGCUGGCGGUGGCGUAGCCCUCUAUGAUGCUGCUACAAGUAGUUCGAUGCUCUGUGGAGGUGAUCCCAAGCAUUGGGAUGGCGAAGAGCGCCAUGUUUAUACACGCAGCAGCUUGGAAUUUGAAAACUAUCGCAGGGAAUGCGUCUGGAGGGUCGAGGAUUGCAGCGAUGUAACGAAAUAGAGAAAGGGUUAUACAGAAAUAUACAUAUAUCAAAGCAACUCAUAUUUAAAUUUUUUUAAUAAAUGGCAAAGUUAAUAUUGAAUAG